GUUUUGGGUGGGGAAAGGCCGUGGGGCUUGGCACGAAGGUUUGGACUCAUCAACAAGGAGUGAAGACUUCAUUUGUACUACCUUGAGCACACACCUGGUAAGGUAUUUGUAGAUGUAAUGGGCCACGGACAAAGCCAGCAUCGGCAGGGAGCCUCUGCGGCUGCCCAAGUGACUGCUCCACCACCGGACCUGACCCCGUCAUUCAUCAUCAAGCUGAAGGAUGUCCUACUGGCUCGCUCAGAGACGGAGGACGGUAUAAGCCGCCACGUCUUCACCUCCGCCUUCCUCAACAAGAACCCCACGAUCGCGAAUGUCAUGUUUGACCACUUCUUGCGGCUUUCGGCGGCGAGCGGUGACGUUCUCGCGCCGCGCGACUUCGUGGAGCGCUGCGUGGAGGUGUACCAGCUUAUCUCGGACCACGACCAGGCACAGUUCUACCUGCGCACGUUCGCCGACGAGCACGACAGCGUAAGUGCGGAGAAUCUGCGCAGCAUGAUCCUGCAGGCGUUCGAGGCGGCCAUGUGGGCACACCCGGACACGGUGAUUCGCUCACUCAACAUCGACACCAUCCUGGCGGGCGUGGCCGACUCGUGCCUGCACGGCCGCGACGAGGUGGGCGUCACGUUCGCGCGCAACUGGGUGGAGCGACACUGUCCCCGUCUGGUGCGCUGGCUGCACCAGUACGUGGUGCACCGAAUCACCGAAGGCCACGCGCUGAUCGCGGCGCGGCCGGCCGAGCCGGAGCCGGAGGAGCCAGCCGGCGGCAGCUGCGUGCUGGAGAGCGCGUCGGCCUCGAGCGAGGCGACGCUGCACCCGGCGCUUCUGUGGCUGCUGAUGUGCGCGCUGCCGGAGCGCUACACGCGGCCGUCGUCGGCCGAGAGCCUGGCGUCGCUGCCGGCGCUGGCGCGGCUCGACCCGGGCCACUCGAUUGGCCGGCUGGUGCGCGCCGUCACGCCCAAACACUGGGUGUCGCUGUACAGCUCGGACGAGCAGGGCCUCAGCGCCAACCGGCUGCAGCACCACGUGCUCGGCUACCGCGGUCCGACGCUGAUGCUGCUGCGCGCCGAGGAGGGUCGGCUGUUCUGCGUGGCGGCCGACUGCGGCUGGCGCGACUCGCCCCACUGCUGGGGCGGCGUCGACUGCAUGGCGCUGCAGCUGCUGCCGCGCUUCCAGGUGCUGGUCGGCGGCCAGCCGGACGUCAUGUUCUACAACUACUCGGCGCGCGGCCUGCCGUCGGGCCUGCGCGUCGGCGCUGACCGCCGGACGCCUGCCAUCGAGGUGGACCGCGAGAUGAGCGUGUGCACGCACAGCGGCGCGCCGUUCCGCCUGCAGGGCGUCGAGGUGUGGGGCUGUGGUGCCAAGGCGGACCGCGACAGCCAGAUCAGCUCGCAGAAGCGCGACCGCGCCGCCGUCGAGCAGCGGCGCAAGGUCAACAUCAUGGCCGAUACCGACUGGGCGGAGAACCCCGACCGCUACCUGCUCGAAAUGUCCGGCACCCGCCAGAGCUACAACUACAACUGAGGCGCGCCUGCACCGCCCCACUCGCUCUGCAUGCUGGCGGUGCUGGUGCGGCGCUUGUGAUGACGCGUGAUAUAUUUUUGUCGCCAUCCGUCGCGGUGCUGGUUGGUUCACCGUUAUUGAGAUCCUAGAGCGCUGACCGAGCGCGGCGAAUGACGUACGGUCGCUCACGCCAAUGUGCAUGUAUUCCAGUGCGCUAUGCAUAUUCCAUGUAAAACAGAGGUAAAGAUCUGGAAAGGCCCCCAAGCCUGGCUAUGUACAUGCCAUAUUUGUUACGUCUGCCCGCUGGGCGUAGCUAUGUUAGUGACUUUCACACACGCUGGCGUAACACUUACAUUCGGUUAUGUGCGUUGGGCGACAGCGAGCUUCGUUCUACGACAAAGAGGACAGUCGCCAGUUCUUCUUAGAGUUCCUCAGAGUUUAGCCUCUGGAACCGUGCAAUAUCAAGUCUGCGUCGAGGUGAUGGGCCGUUGGAAUAACAUAGAUGGCGUUCUUUGACGACCGAACCCGUUAUAGAAAUGUGGAUAAUGUUAAACAAGUCAGUAUUUCUGUAUGAACGACAGUACACGAUCCCCCACCAA